CUUUACCGUCCCAGCUUCGUGCCUCUGGGAGCUGCCACCGUCCCGACGAUGUCUGCGGCGUAUCCAGGCGCUUCCGUCUUCCUGCCCGUGACCCAGUCGGUGGCCGUGGGGCCUGUCGGCUCCUCGGUCCCCAUGGCUUAUUACCCCGUGGGGCCGGUUUAUCCUCCGGGCUCGACAGUCCUUGUCGAAGGUGGUUUUGAUGCCGGAGCAAGGUUUGGGGCUGGUGGAACCCCCAGCAUCCCU